CUACACUCUUAAACCCUAACUAUUUCAGUAGUUCGGCUGCCUAUAAAAUCCUCUUAACAAGUUGUUGCUGCUGCGUUGAGCAUCAGUUUACAGCUAUCGAAGAUGGCUCCUCCCAGAGGUCGUGGUGGUUUUGGUGGUGGUGGUGGUGGUGGGUUCAGGGGUGGUGGUAGGGGUGACAGAGGCAGAGGAAGGGGCGGUGGAGGAAGAGGAGGAGACAGAGGUACACCCUUCAAAGCUAGAGGCGGUGGUAGAGGUGGUGGAGGCCGUGGAGGAGGCAGGGGUGGUGGCCGUGGCGGUGGCAGAGGUGGAAUGAAGGGUGGUAGCAAGGUUGUUGUUCAGCCCCAUAGACAUGACGGUAUUUUCAUUGCCAAGGGUAAAGAAGAUGCUCUCGUUACCAAGAAUCUUGUUCCCGGUGAAGCUGUUUACAAUGAGAAAAGGAUUACUGUUCAGAAUGAAGAUGGUACCAAAGAGGAGUACAGAGUUUGGAAUCCUUUCCGAUCCAAGUUGGCUGCUGCCAUCCUUGGUGGAGUUGACAACAUAUGGAUUAAACCGGGAGCCAGAGUCCUUUACCUUGGAGCUGCUUCUGGGACCACUGUUUCUCAUGUGUCGGACGUUGUUGGCCCUACUGGAGUUGUCUAUGCAGUAGAAUUUUCCCAUAGAAGUGGACGUGACUUGGUCAAUAUGGCAAAGAAAAGAACUAACGUUAUACCCAUUAUUGAAGAUGCUAGACAUCCAGCUAAAUACAGGAUGUUGGUUGGAAUGGUUGAUGUCAUAUUUUCUGAUGUUGCUCAACCUGAUCAGGCUAGGAUUUUGGGGCUGAAUGCUUCAUAUUAUCUGAAAACAGGAGGUCAUUUUGUUAUUUCAAUCAAGGCUAACUGCAUAGACUCCACAGUCCCUGCUGAGGCAGUGUUUGAAAGCGAAGUGAACAAGUUGAAGGCAGAUCAAUUCAAACCAUUCGAGCAAGUCACCCUUGAACCAUUUGAGAGGGACCAUGCCUGUGUGGUUGGUGGAUACAGAAUGCCCAAGAAGAAAAAAGAUGCUGCUGAGUAGAUUGUUUUCCAGUAGCCCGUAGGCGUGUACCAAUGUCAUUUCAUGAGAUUUCGUGUUAAUUUUGUUUUGAAACCUUGGUUAUCAAAAUACUUUGUACCUUUUAUAGUAAAGUAGUCAAGUUAUUUGCCCCCAAUAUUUACCGUGUUUGCUGUAAAAAAUUCACAUAUAAUCUGCCCAAAAUUACUUCCUUAGCAGAACGAGAUGAGAUCAACAGCAAUGCUUGUACGUUCUACAUGUGAAUCUAGUUUAUUUAAGUAUUGAAAAUCUAUGAUCUAUUAUUAUUAGGGUA